AUGAUGAAGAGGCAGUUCCAUCGGAUGCGGCAGCAGCUGUCCCAUCCCAACAGCGCCGCCCGAGCCCAAGAAGCAACUGAGCUCCUGCCAGAAGAUUUGCUGCAGAUCGAGCAGAGGAUUGAGCCAGCCAAGAGAGCAGCUCACAGCGUGUCCAAGAGGCUCCAAGCCUGCCUGCAGGGGCAGUGUGGCUCCGAGAUAGACAAGCGAGUGAAGAAGCUGCCCUUGAUGGCUCUGUCCACGACGAUGGCUGAGAGCUUCAAGGAACUGGACACAGAGUCUAGCCUCGGGAAAGCCCUGGAGAUGGGCUGCUGCAUACAGAGCUCACUGGCCAAAAUCCUGGCUGAGUUUGAGAUCACCCUGGAGCACGAUGUCCUGCAGCCACUCAACAAACUCAGUGAGGAGGAACUUCCCAUCAUCCUAAAGCACAAGAAGACACUCCAGAAGUUGAUUUCUGACUGGAACACAAUCAAGAACAGGCUGAACCAAGCUGCCAAGAGCUCCAGUAACAGCACUGGCACUGGUGCUGGCCCUGGGGCAUCUUCUGCUGCCAACAAACUGGAGAUCUUGAAGGAAGAGGAAGAGGAGGUGAAGAGGAAGGUGGAGCAGUGCAAGGAUGAGUACAUGGCUGACCUCUACCACUUCUCCACCAAAGAGGACAGCUAUGCCAGCUACUUCAUCAAACUGCUGGAAAUCCAAGCCCAGUACCACCGGCAGUCCCUGACAUACCUGGACUCUGCUCUGGCAGAACUGAAGGAAAGCCACAGCCAGACAGAGCCCUCCUUCAGUGCAGACACCUCGGUGGCAGGGUACUAUGGGGUACCUCUCGAGACGCACCUCAAGAGCUUGGGCCGGGAGAUCGCACUGCCCAUUGAAGCCUGUGUCAUGAUGCUGCUGGCCUCUGGCAUGAGGGAGGAGGGACUCUUCCGGCUGGCAGCAGGCGCCUCAGUGCUGAGGAAGCUGAAGAGCAGCUUAGCCAGUGGCUCCAACGCUCUGGAGGAGUUUUACUCAGACCCCCACGCUGUGGCUGGUGCACUGAAAUCCUACCUGCGGGAGCUGCCACAGCCUUUGAUGACCUUCGAGCUCUAUAACGAAUGGGUCAAAGUGGCCAGUUUAAAGGAUGUUGAGAACCGUGUACAAAGCCUGCGAGACACCUGCAGCCACCUGCCCCGGGAGAGCUACAACAACCUCAGGUAUCUGAUCAAGUUCUUAGCCAAGCUGGCUGAACACCAGGAGGUGAACAAAAUGAGCCCCAGCAACAUUGCCAUCGUGCUGGGCCCCAACCUACUGUGGUCACAGCAGAGCACAGGAGAUGCUGUGCAACUGGACUUGGCCUCAGUCUCCUCCAUCCAGGUGGUCAGUGUGGUGGAAGCCCUCAUCCAGAACGCAGACACUCUCUUCCCUGGAGAGGUUGACUUCAAUGUCUCAGGCAUGUUCAUGCCACCUGCAAACAGUGGACUUGGUGAGGCCACACUUGUGGAAGAACUGUCCCCUGAGCCCCCACCGGCUGGCACCCCCACUCUUCUGGAUGGAGAGGUCACCUUGAAGGACCCUGAGACCAAGUCCCAGCCAGCACCUCCAGCAGUUGCCAGACCAUCUCCUGAAACCACAGGACCACCAGCUCUGCAGAAAACUGAGGACAGCACCCACAAAGGCAAGCGGCCAGCUCCAGCCCGACCCAUGAUGCCACCACCCGUGGCCCAGCCCCGGAGCACAGCUCCUGCCCCGGCAGCCCCUGAGCAGACAGGCAGCCCCAAAGCCCGGCCACGGCGGACAGCCGGCUUGCCCAGCCGGGCCCCCUCUGUCCCACCGCCGCUCCCUCCCCAGCCUGCACCUCGCCUCAGCCGAGAGGCCCCGGCGUCCCCUAGGCCUCCCACCAGCCAGGCCGAUGGGGUGGCUGCUGUGGACUGUGCCCCGGGAGCCACGGAUGAGGGGCAGCCGCUGCCUGCAGGAGAAAGGAGCCCCCCCGCUACACCACCACCAGCAGCACAGCCCACGGAGAACUGA